GCUCCUACCAUUGCCUGGUCCGACAAGCCACCUCAGACCGAGUCAGCAGAGACUGUUGAUUUGUUCCUUCAGCAUGUCGCUGUCGCUCAGCAUGGAUCUGUCCAAUUCAUGCUUGAUGCUGAUCUCCUGCCUGAUGUUUCUGUCUCUGAGCCAAGGCCGGGAGGUCCAGACAGACUUGCCCAAUGCUCGGAUCAGCUGCCCCGAAGGCACCAAUGCUUACGGCUCCUACUGCUACUACUUUAUUGAAGACCAGGAGACCUGGGUUGACGCAGAUCUCUACUGCCAGAACAUGAAUUCAGGCUACCUGGUGUCUGUGCUCACUCAGGCUGAGGGUGCCUUCGUGGCCUCGCUGAUUAAAGAGAGCAGCACUGAUGACUCCAAUGUCUGGAUUGGCCUCUAUGACCCCAAAAAGAACCGCCGCUGGCACUGGAGCAGUGGGUCUCUAGUCUCCUACAAAUCCUGGGUCACUGGAGCCCCAAGUAGCUCCUGUCCUGGUUACUGUGCGAGCCUGACUUCAAGCUCAGGAUUCAAGAAAUGGAAGGAUGAGUCUUGUGAAGAAAAGUUAUCCUUUGUCUGCAAGUUCAAAAACUAAGGUCCACAGAAAAGGACGUCUAGAACUGUCCCUGUAAUUCCCAUGGAGUCA